CUGAGUUGACGCGAUUCGACUCACGCUGCAUUGUCGCCUUGUUUGACUCACGAAGACUGGCUUAUUGGUUAGUUCGUCUAAAGAGUGCUUAUGCUGCCUAUUUGCAUGAUCGACAUUGAAAUCCCCCAGUGCUAUGGCUUGGUAAUCAGUCACUAACAUAGACCCUGCUAGAUCUAUAUAAGCUCCUUCCACGCCCCAACACAGAUGGUACUUUUCUGGCCAUAUAGGCCGCCUAGUACUAUCUCCUUUCAUUUCUCGAUCUCUCGACUAACCCGUUCAUAUCAUCAUCAAGCCAUGGGUGACAAGAAACAGUACUCUGGCCCUCGUCGGCCUCCCGCCAGCAAAGAAAAAAGACCACCGAUCACCCAUUUCCUUUGUAUCCCACUAGUCAAUGCAGCCUCUCUCCCUCAAUUGGAGUCGUCUCUCGCAGCAUUCAAAGCCGCUCUUCCUCUUGCUCCUCAACCGCCUCACCAUGGGCUUCCCUCAAGAAAACCCGUCGUCGAGCGCCCACUCAUUCCCCGCGGCGCAAUUCGACCCGUCGGCACCCUCCAUCUUACCCUAGGUGUCAUGAGUCUCCCAACGCAGCAGCGACUAGAAGAAGCCAUUAAGCUUCUCCAUUCUCUAGAUCUAGCCAGCAUGGCGCGCGAGGCGGAGCGAAGCGCACGCCGUAGCCGGACAACGAAGAACAAGAGCCAAUCUACGACUUCUCAAAUCGACAACGACACAAUCACCAACCCUAGCCCUUUCACCGUCUCGCUGGAGUCCUUGAGUGCGAUUCCCCGAGCUCGAGCUGCCACGGUCUUGCACGCGGCACCCGUGGAUUCCUCGUCUCGACUGUAUCCGUUCUGCGAGAUUCUACGGGAUAAGUUUCUUGAGGCGGGGUUCCUGCAAGCUGAGGUCAAAAAGGACAAGAGACCUGAGGGGGUACCUCAACAGCAGUCACCUCAGCAGUCAGCUCAGCUAUCACCUCGGCAGCAGCAACAGCAGCAACAGCAGAGUGACAUCAGCAAUCGACCCCCAGCAGCACCCAAACCCAAACUCCGCCCCCUCCUUCUCCACGCCACAGUUGUGAACACAAUCUACAUCAAAGGAAGACAACAGCCCGCCGAGCGAGGUCUGAACGGCAAAAACCGCAGAAACCAGUACACUUUCGACGCGCGGGACAUCCUCACCCACUAUAGAGACUACUACGUCGACGGUAACCGCGUAACUCCACGGUCGGACGCUGUCGUCGUGAAAACCCCAGUUGUGAAAACCAGUACGCAUGAAAGCACCCCCCAGGGUGGAUCAGACGACGAGGAGGCCUCGGCUGUGUCGAGCAGGAAGGAGAAAUUCCCAUUUGUCUGGGCCAGGGACUUUCCCCUGGAUGCGAUUUGUAUCUGUGAGAUGGGCGCCAAGAAGCUUGAUCUUGAGAACGAUCCUGAUGGAAUGAAUGCUCGUUUGGGGGAGAAGUACAGGGUUGUUGCGGAGAGGAGACUGGAUUUUGGGUCCGCGGCUGACGCAUGAUAUGUCUGAUGAUGAUGUUCAAGUUAUAUACUUUGUCAUAGACUAGACUGCCAAAAGGCAAUCAAUAAUUCUACGGUACCCG